AUGUCAAACGCAAGUUCACCCUCUUUACAUACGUUAUUGGAUCAAUUGUCAACAGAAUUACAUGUAUGUUUAAGGAAGAUAAUACCGGAUAUCAAGGAAGAAACUUUAGAUCAGUUUAAAAAAACCGAAUAUCCUGAAGUAUAUAAUAAAGAAACGGACACGAUAAAAGAGAAACUAAUUGAAAAUCAAACACACAAGUUUCUAAGCGUGGCUAAACAAUUGGAAAUUGAGUUAACUAAAAUCAUUUAUUCUGAGAGACAAACCGAAGAAGUUAUAUUAAAAGAGGAAAUUAAUGGAUUACAACAAACUAUCGGACAACAAAAAGAACCAGCAAAUAAACUAAAUGAUAAAAAGGAAGUAUUUGGUGUGUUACCUUAUGUAGCCCCUGAAGUUUUAAGAGGAAACGAGUAUACUAAAGAGAGUGAUAUUUAUGGAUUUGGAAUUGUAGCAUAUGAAUUCAUGACUGGAUUGCUUCCUUAUAAUGAUGUAGCUCAUGAAGAACUCUUGGCUAUAAGAAUUUGUGAAGGAUUGAGACCAAGCUCUAAUUAUAAAGUACCUCAAAAAAUUUUAGAUGUGAUUCAACAGUGUUGGGAUGCGGAUCCUGCAAAACGUCCUGAUGCAAAAGAAUUACAAAAGAUAUUAAAGGAUUUAAAUGAUAUAAUAUUCCGGUAA